AACAUUUCUCAAGUCAUUUGGAUGACUCGACAGCAAAUGAGUUGUCAAAGGGGUCAUCCAGCAGAGUAUAUAUUAGUGAAUAUAAAGAGAAAGAAUGAAGGUUUCUUCCGCUGGGUUUUUGGAGCACAUAACUCCAAAAAGUUGGUUUUAGAAAGGUUGAAGGAACUUCGACCUAGUUUGUUUGUGAGGGACGAAAAAGGAUUGAAGUGGUUGGCCUAUGUACCUCCACGAAUAUUGACUCACUAUUGUGAGAAUAUGGAUAACUUGAGACUAGAGACUUUAGUCAAUGCAGCUUCUGACCUAUUAUCUCAACAACAGAAGGAGUGUCGACGACAGCAGUUUCUCAAACACGCUGUAGAAAAAGAGUGUCGUGUAUACAGAGACAAGUUACAACAAGUAACUAAUAUUGUAAGAAAUGUGCUUGAAAGUUAUGGAGUGAAACGUACGAGUCAUAACUUGGAAGCUUGGAGGUCGGGAGAGUCAUUAGGAAGAGAACAAGAGGAAGGCGCGCCAAGUUCUUUAUAUGGUUCAGAAGAUUGGGUUGACUUCACUCGACCUUGUUUCGAUCGUUUGAGAGCUUGCUUGGAAGAGGUUAUUAGCAUCUGCGACACUUCGAAGGGUUCGCUUGGCGUUGAAGCAUUCGCAGAUGAAGUUUACGCGCAACCUUCGGAAUAUGUUUCGGAAGUUAGCAGUCUAACAAGUUCGUCUACAGUACCUUUAAAGAAAGGUAGAAAUUUUUCUCAAGAGAAACAGUUCAUGGAUGGAAACAGUACUCAUGAGUGGCUUUGGAAACAUAAUCGAGUUACUGUAUCGCAUGCUCAUCAUUAUUCAGAUCCGUUAGCUUCCACUAGCUAUUGGACCAGUCCGAAAGUGACUUAUCUGGAACAAGUGGAUGGAUGUGAUAUGGAAAUGCAUUCGCAAGAUAAUAGAUCUCAAUGUCGCUCUACUCAGAGUUCAAGAUAUCAACCAAGCUACAAGAGCAAUAGUUCUGGAAAAUCAGCACUCAAGACUAGAAUGCCAUGUCCAGACGUUUUGUUAUAUGGAGAUAAUGCAGAAUUUGCUAAUUGUAAUAGUACGAUAAUACCUACGAAGAGUUUAUCUGUUUCAGAUAAACAACUGGAUGAAGUGAAGUAUACCAACUCAUUGGAACAACCAAUUUUUUAUUCUGGUGGAGAUCCUUGGAGUGUUUCUAUGACCACUACCAAUACUGUAUAGUUUUCUGUUUCAUGAAAAGCCAAUUGAUUUUUUUUCGAAAUAAAACAAGUCCUCUUGUC